AUGUCAGGAGCAGGGAAUAGGGAACAGGUCUUCCCAACUAGAAUGACUCUUGGUGUUAUGAAGAGCAAGUUGAAGGGUGCUCAACAGGGUCAUUCGUUGUUGAAACGUAAGUCAGAAGCGUUAACCAAGCGCUUUAGGGACAUUACUCAAAGGAUUGAUGAAGCAAAACGGAAGAUGGGACGAGUGAUGCAAACUGCCGCCUUCUCUCUUGCAGAAGUUCAAUAUGCUACGGGUGAUAAUAUUUCAUACCAAGUUCAGGAAAGUGUUCAACGGGCUAGAUUCCAGGUUAGAGCAAAACAAGAGAACGUGUCUGGUGUCCAUCUCCCAACGUUUGACAGUAACGUUGAUGAAGACAUCAAUGAUUUUAAGCUCACUGGUUUGGGUAGAGGCGGACAGCAGGUUCAAAAGGCUAAGAUGGUGUAUACCAAAGCUGUGGAAACCUUGGUAGAAUUGGCAUCUUUGCAAACAGCUUUUAUCAUCUUAGAUGAAGUGAUUAAAGUCACCAACCGAAGAGUAAACGCCAUUGAGCACGUUAUUAUUCCGCGGACUGAGAACACAAUUAGUUACAUCAAUGCCGAGUUGGAUGAAAUGGAUAGGGAAGAGUUUUACAGAUUGAAGAAGGUUCAAGAAAAGAAACAGGAGGCGUCUGCUGCUGCAGAAUUGGAGGAGAAGCUUUCAAAGAAUGACAAAGAGCAGAUUUCGCCCGAUUCGGAAGCAGAACUUGCAGAGGGCGCUGAUAAAUUAGACGUGGUCGAGAGGGACAACGAGUCGACUGACAUUUUGAAGACGAAUGAAGAUGAUAUCAUCUUUUGA